ACUCCCCCCAGAAGAUUCCCUCUUUCUGCUGUGAUUGUUGCAUCAUGUCGCUCGUCUCUGUCAGGGUGAUGAAAAUGAGAUCCUGUAAGUCGUCACGAUGAAACAACACGUACAGAUAAUGAGACACCUGUCCGAAGUGGUGACAAACAGGACGCCAGCUGUGCACAGGGGUUUGUUUGUAUCAGCGCUGUUUCAACAAGAGUGUUAAACCCUUGAAGGUGGUGACAUGUCAGCUGAUACCAAGAUCGCGGAGCUGCUCACAGAGCUCCAUCAGCUCAUCAAACAGACCCAGGAGGAGAGGUCCCGCAGUGAACACAAUCUGCUCAACAUUCAGAAAACACAUGAGAGGAUGCAGACAGAAAACAAAACUUCUCCGUACUACCGCACCAAGCUGAGGGGACUGUACACCACAGCCAAGGCAGACGCAGAGGCAGAGUGUGGCAUUCUGCGUCACGCUCUGGAUAAAAUUGCAGAGAUCAAGUCUUUGCUGGAGGAGAGGAGAAUCGCUGCUAAGAUGGCAGGAGUUUACAGCGACAGCGACCCUCCCAGGAAGACGAUGAGGCGAGGAGUCCUGAUGACGCUCCUCCAGCAGUCGGCCAUGACGCUCCCUCUGUGGAUCGGCAAGCCGGGGGAGAGCCCCCCUCCUCUGUGCGGCGCGACUCCAGCCAGCAGCGACUAUGUGGCCAAGCAGGGCGACAAGGUGGCAGCGAGGGUGAAGGCCGUGGACGGAGACGAGCAGUGGAUCCUGGCUGAGGUGGUCAGCUACAACCACUCCACCAACAAAUAUGAGGUGGAUGACAUCGAUGAAGAAGGCAAAGAGAGACACACUCUGAGCAGACGACGGAUCAUCCCUCUGCCUCAGUGGAAGGCCAAUCCAGAGACAGACCCUGAGGCUCUGUUCAGUAAGGACCAGCUGGUGCUGGCCCUCUACCCUCAGACCACCUGCUUCUACCGGGCCCUCAUCCACACUCCACCACACAGGCCUCAGGACGACUACUCUGUGCUGUUCGAGGACACGUCGUACGCUGACGGCUACUCCCCUCCGCUCAACGUGGCUCAGCGAUACGUGGUCGCCUGCAAAGAGAACAAGAAGAAGUGACCAACGAAUGGAUAUGAAAACCAGAGGGACAGAGAUGAAGCCUGUUUGGGCGAGUUAGUCUGUUUUGAAAUGUCUCUUAUUUUGCAUUUUUGUAUGAAAAGAUGUUUAGGAGGAUUUGUUAAAUUCAAAGCAUUUGGAGCAGCUUCUGCUGCAGCUCCACGGAAGAAACACCCCUGAGCAAACAUUUUAAAGUACUUAAGAUCUUUUAAAUGGGACUGUCAAAAUCAACACAGAGACACAGUGAAGUAAAACCAACUCCAUGAAUGCACCAGUGCUGGUACAUGCAGUAUAUACUGUGUAUGUUUUCUGCAGUACUGAAUAGGAAAACAGCAGUUUAGAUUGUGUUGUGAUAGAGAAGGAGGACAUUUUUCCCACAUGAUUCAAACCUCUGACUGACAAUAAAUGAGAACUCCUUCAAAGUGAAGUCCAGCUGGAUGCCCCCUGGUGGCAGGCCGCAGUACAGCUCAUAAGCCCCUCCCCCUCCAUGUUUGCAGAUAGGACACGAGCCAAACUAAAAACUCAAAAUACACAUUAAAUACAUUUUUCCCAAAGACGGUCUCUGACAUUUUAGGUUCCUCUUAUCACAUUGAUAUGCUGCGCUGUUCAAGUGUUCAUUUUUCUGUCGAGAUUGACAGUUGAGCGCUGCUCUUGAUCGGUUCAGGCUGAUGUAGGAGGGGCUCGAUACUGCAGCUUUGGUCACUACUGCACAGACUCUGGCUCCAAACGACAUCACCAGGAAGUGGAGAUGUGUCGGAUGUCUUUAUACACAAAUGACUCAAACGUCCCCUCUGUGGAGCGUCCAAUGGCCUGUAUGGAGACUGCUGCUAAUAGUGGGAGCUAUUGGCUUAUUCCUCCUUGAAAGGCCCACUUCAGGGCCUAAAUUCUCUUUUUGUGCUUGUCAAGUGUUAAUGAUUAUUGUGUGAAACUUAAAGACCAGAAUGGAAAAAUCAUG